AUGCAGUUUGAAUNUAUCAAAGAACAAGGACCAGAUUCAGGGCUGAGUCUUAAUGAUCUCAUAGAUGAUUGUAAGGCUUUCUAUCUAGCUGGUCAAAAUGUGACCUCUUCAUUGUUUGUUUGGUCACUUGUUGCUUUAAGCCAACAUCAAGACUGGCAAAACAAAGCAAGAGACGAGAUUUCUCAGGCGUUCGGUACCAACGAACCAGAUUUCGAAGGGUUAGGCCAUCUAAAAGUCGUAACAAUGAUCCUGCAUGAAGUGCUAAGACUCUAUUCGCCAGCUUACUUCACAUGCCGGAUAACUAAACAAGAAGUGAAGCUAGAGAAAUUCUCUCUACCAGAAGGAGUUGUAGUUACAAUACCAAUGCUCUUAGUGCACCAUGAUCCUGAUCUUUGGGGAGAUGAUGUGAAAGAGUUUAAGCCCGAGAGAUUUGUUAAUGGUGUAGCGGGUGCAACCAAAGGAAGACUCUCCUUCUUGCCGUUUAGCACAGGCCCUCGGACUUGUAUCGGUCAAAACUUUUCGAUGUUGCAAGCUAAGCUCUUCUUGGCAAUGGUACUUCAAAGGUUCAGUGUAGAGCUCUCACCAUCGUAUACUCAUGCUCCUUUCCCGGCUGCAACUACAUUCCCACAACAUGGAGCUCAUUUGACCAUCCGUAAAGUUUAGGUGGUAGAAGAAGAAUUAUAAAAGUAAAGGUGCUUCCCUUUUUUUUUGUUUUUGUCAUCAAAACAGAACCUUGAAGGUGUUGUAGUGGUAAUGCAGUUUGAAUCCUGUCAAGAAAUCUUUAUUUGGUUGUUUUUUUUUUUUUGUAUAUAUGAAACAGAAU